CGCAAGCGCGGAGGUGAAGGAGGGUGUAGAGAACGCGUCGGAGUGACAGACGGCGAGAACGGAAAAGUGUUUAAGCGGAAAAGCGUUCGAGGACUGAGGGCAGGACACACGUGGAACGGACAUGACCGAACUACGGCCGCUUAGUGCGGCCAGCGGCGAACAGGCGCACAUAGACGCUCGGCUCCGCGCCGAAUUGGACUGCGCCCUCGCCGGGGGAAUGGCCCCACCACAAGGAUUAUGGCGACCACCAAUGGACGGCACACCACAUCCGGCACAUAAUAUGGCGGCUCCAGCGCCCGCCGCGCCGGGCCACGCACCAGGACACGUGGCCGCGCAGCCACAGGCGCCUGCACCAACGACAAAUGCGUGGACCGGAGCCGGCGGUGACCGGGGACCGACCGGAUAUGGAGGGGAGCAGGCAUGGCAGGGCACGGGACCAGGAACAGGCGGUGAACACACGGUGUACAUGCACGCCACUGCCGACCGGCCGCCGCCUCCUCCCGCUGGAGUCGCCGGCGGUCCAGCGGUGGCGCCGCCGGCUCGGCCGUGGCAGGACCACGACGGCCGGGAGCGCAGUCGCCGCCGAUCUAACCGCAGUGUCAGCCCGCCCCGGCGUAAACGGCGCCGUGACCAGUCGUCAUCGUCGGAGUCAUCAGAAGAUGAUGACACGGCAGACAGACGGGAGGAAUAUCGCAUGACGCCGCUGCGGGCGCGGGGAGGAGCGGCGCCGGCCGAUCUGCGCUUGCCGGCAGUCACAACCAAGGCAGCGAGGCAGCUGCGGAAUCGGCGGAACUACGUGGCGGUGCGUGAUGCGGCCGAUCCGGUCGAACCAAGUCCCAACAAUGUACUAGAGUACAUCGGUCGAGUGGCAGCGAUCGUCACACAUACCACAUACUACUUCCCACAGUGUGGGCUACAAGCAACGAGCUACCUGACGUGGCUGAUCAGCCGGAGCGCCGGCCGCUCCCUGAGAGACGUCCAGACGGCGGACAGCAGGGCGAGGCAGGCAAUGGCGCUGCGUCCCCGGGAUUUCCUGACAACCCUAGAUCUCGAUCAGUUCUGGCCUACACGUGUAGCUUCAACAGCUACAACAGCAGAGCGAGCGGGGACGAAUCACAAAGAGGUGUGUUUUCAGCACGUGCGCCGGAACAAGUGCACCACGCCGUGUCGCACGGGUCGCAUCCACCCGCCAUGCCAGACGUGCAAUUCGACCCAGCACGCGACCGCCUUCCAUGCCGCCUUUUCACCCCGAGGCACCGCCGGGUGGACGGCCGCUGACCAGCAGGGCGACGCACAGCGGGGCCGGUCAUGGUUCGGUCCGCGAUUAUAGUCGGCGAGGGGACAGUGUGGACGACAGGCCCGUCCCUGCUGAUACGGGCGUGAACGUCGAGCGCCUUGAACGUUUGUUCAGUGAUUGUCCAAACAUACGGAGAGAGGUCGGGGACCUAGUGGUACGGCGGUUUCGGGAGGGAGCGGACAUUGGCUACUGCGGACCAGGCCACGGACGGUUCACAACCAACAACCGCUCGGCCACCUCGCGAGUGAUGGGAGUGUCCGCCGCGAUAGAACGAGAAGUGCAAACGGGGUGCACCAGAGGCCCAUUUGAAUCACCGCCGUUCGAAAAUUUCACGGUGAACCCAUUGAGUGCUCGGGACAAGCCAAACGGGGACGUGCGCCUCAUACUGGACCUCUCCCAGCCAGUGGGCAGUGCUGUGAACGAGGGGAUCGAUCCAGCGGAGUUCCGAGUGGUGUACACCUCAAUCGACGAGGCUAUACGGCUCAUUUAUUUAGUCGGGGGCAAAAAUGCCCAAUUAUUCAAGGCGGACAUUAAAAACGCGUUUAAGUUAAUACCGGUGCGGCCAGAUCAGUGGCGACUGUUAGGGUUUCAAUGGUCAAAUGCGCUGUAUUACCAGGUAUGUCUGCCCUUCGGCGGUCGCAGCAGCCCACGGCUGUUCAAUGACUUUGCAGACUGCCUGGAAAAGUUAUUUCAGGCGAACGCUGGCGGUGUAUUUGUGCGACACUACCUGGACGAUUUUUUCGGUGUCGGACCCGCGUUUUCAGCGGACGCGGCAGAAACGUAUGACAAGAUACUGACUUUGUGUCGCGAGUUAAAUGUGCCGUUGGCGAGUGACAAGUGUCUGCCUCCGUCCAAUCGCAUGGAGCUGUUGGGCGUAGUGCUCGACACGGACCGCAUGACGGUUGCCCUGCCAGAUCGGAAAGUGGCCGACCUCCAUCAGGCGCUCGGAGCGCUGGCGGGCCGCCGGAAAUGCACACAGCGGGAGUUACUGUCGUUAGUGGGAAAACUUACGCAGGCCAGCAAAUGCGUGCCGCCCGGGCGAGCAUUCACACGGCGAUUACUAGAUGCAGCUUAUGCUGUGAACGGCUUGCAGAAACGCAUACGCGUCAAUGCAGCGAUCCGGGCUGACCUGGACUGGUGGCGUUGCUACCUGCCGCUCUGGAACGGCAGCUUCCCUAUGGUGCCACCUGCAGAAGUGGAGACCGCUACCGUGACCUUACACACGGACAGCUCGCGCUGGGGGAUGGGGGGCGUGUCAGGGCGGCGAAUGGUGGUCAGCGGAAUGGCCCGACGAGAUCAAACAGGCGACAUCUCUGUCCAUGACGUGGCUCGAACUCAUCCCGGUCAUGAUCGCAUGCCUCGUCUGGGGAGACAAAUGGGGAGGAAAACGGGUGCGCAUUUACUCAGACAAUAUGGGCGUCAUAGGAGUGUGGGGUAGGGGAUGGUCCGGGAAUGCACAGAUAAUGUCUUUGAUCCGCCAGCUCCUAUUCUGGACAGCAUACAAGAAGUUCAUUAUCGACAUCGCGUACGUCGCCACAAAACAGAACGGAGCGGCGGAUGCGCUCAGCCGGAAUGACGUUGCGCGUUUCCGGCGACUGCGCCCCCAUGCAUCGCCACGACCGGUCCCGUUGCCGUGCACGCUGCGCUCGUACUUGGCAGACCCCGUCGCCGGCGCCCAUCGGCUCACAGGCUUUUCAGCUCUAGAGUGCUGACCCCUGCUGUGUAACGGGGCGCAUGUCCCCACCAGCCUCCUGCCUGGAAUGUUGUUUUGCCUA